AUGAGCGCUGGAAUACCUGCAGCUUCUGUCACUGAAAAGAAGAUGGUCCUGGUUGGGAAAACUGGAACUGAAAGAAAGAGCGCAGCAGGAAACACCAUCAUAGCAGAUAAACGUUUUAAAUCCACCUCAUCUUCUUCUUCUGUGACAGCAGUGUGUCAGAAGGAAACAGUCGAGUUUGGAGCUCAAACUCUGGCUGUAGUCGACACUCCAGCUCAGUUUGACACUGUCCAAUCUAAGGAUAAGGUGACAAUAGAGAUCGCUAAGCGCAUCUCCUUCACUGCUCCUGGUCCUCAUGUGUUCCUGGUGGUGAUCCAUUCAGGAAGAUUCACCAAAGAAGACCAGGAAACAGUGAGACUCAUCCAGGAGCUGUUUGGAGAGAAGUCAGUAGAAUACACCAUGGCCCUGUUCACCCGUGGAGACGAUCUGGAGGUUGACGGAGUCUCCAUAGAAGAAAUAAUCACGGGAAACCAAGAUCUGGUGAACUUCAUCAGUCAGUGUCAGGGAGGAUAUCAUGUUUUUAACAACAGAUCCCAGGAUUCCUCUCAGGUCAAAGUGCUGCUGAAGAAGAUCAACUUCCUGGUUCAGAGGAACGAAGGAAGAUGCUUCACCAACAACAUGUUGCAGGAAGCUGAGAAAGCCAUAAAAAAGAUGCAAGAAAAGCUAAUGGAAGAAAAUCCACACAUGACAGCUAAAGAAGCAAGAAAAAUGGCUGAGAAAGACAAUGAGUUUAUUAAAACUGUUGGUUUGGGGGCUGCAUUUGGAUCUAUGCUGGGUCCAGCUGGAGCUGUUGUUGGAGCUGCUGUGGCAGGUAAACCGAAAUUAGUGAAAGAGAAGAAAUGUGUCAUCCAGUGA